AUGGACGACAAGAUCUCGCCUGCCGGCGUUUCUGGCGCUCGCGACACCGAAAAGCAGCAAGUUGAAAACGUCGAAUACUCGGGCUACGACAUGACCUCUUCGCCGCCGCCGCCCGCGAAUGCAAGUCUUGCUGCCGUGGCCGAGGCUCACGGCAUCCAGCUUCCCACCAUUGACCCCGCGCGCCGCGUUGCCGUCGAGAAGAGUCUCAAACGCAAACUCGACGCACGGUGUUCCAUCUUCAUCUUGAUCUACAUCAUGAACUAUCUCGACCGCAACAAUCUGGCGUCGGCGAGACUCAAGGGCCUGCAGGAGGAUCUCAAGCUCGAUGACACCCAGUACGCGACCUGCCUGAGCAUUCUCUACGUUGGCUACAUCCUCAUGCAGGUGCCGUCCAACAUGUUCAUCAACCGCAUCUCCCGCCCAUCUCUGUACAUUGCGGGCGCCAUGCUGCUCUGGGGCAUCAUCUCCACCCUCUCCGGCAACGCCCAGGGCUUUGGCAGCAUGGUCGCCAUCCGCUUCCUCCUCGGCUUCAUUGAAGCCGCCUUCCUCCCCGGCGCGCUCCUCAUCCUCUCCAAAUGGUACACGCGCCGCGAGCUCACCAAGCGCAACGCCCUGCUCUUCUGCGGCAACCUCAUCUCCAACGCCUUUUCGGCCCUCGUCGGCGCCGGCGUCCUGUCCAACAUGAACGGCGUCCUCGGCCACGCCGCCUGGCGCUGGCUCUUUUGGAUCGAGGGCGCCGCCACCUGCACCAUUGCCAUUAUCUCGGCCUUUGUGCUGCCCGAUCUCCCGCACAACACGCGCGGCUUCACGGAAGAGGAGCGCCAGGUGGCCCAGCUGCGCAUCAUCGAGGAUGUCGGUGAGCUCGACUCGGAUGCCAACCAGGGGCCCUUGGACGGCCUCAAGAUGGCCCUCAAGGACGUCAAGAUUUACGUCAUGAUGUUUACCUUUACCGCCUACGUCGUUGGCCUAUCUUUCAAUGCCUUUUUCCCCAGCUUGACCCAGACACUCGGCUUCAGCUACGUUCCUACUCUGCUAAUGAGCGCUCCUCCCUGGGUCUUUGCCUGCAUUGUCUCGUACUUUGUCGCCUGGAACUCGGAUCGUACGCAAGAACGAUUCUGGCACAUUGUCACCCCUAUGCUCGUCGGCGUCGUCGGCUUCGUCAUCUGCAUGUCCACCCUCAACGUCCCCGCCCGCUACGUCGCCCUCUUCCUGCAAACCAGCUCCUACGCCGGCUACAUUGUCUUUUACUCGUGGAUCGCCUCCUCUUUUCCGCGCCCUCCCGCCAAGCGCGCCGUCGCCAUUGCCAUCAUCAACGCCUUUGCCCAGCUCGGCAACGUCGCCGGCUCCUACGUCUGGGACCUCAAGGAAAACGGCUACCGCAAGAGCUACGCCAUUGUCCUGUCCAUGUUUGGCAUCACCAUCUUUGGCUGCUGGAUUGUGCGCGUCAUGCUCGUCAGCCUCAACAAGCAGCUCGAGAAGAGCGAGGCAUCCUCGGACGAGGCCGAGGGAGCUUCCACCGCGGCUGGCGCGACGGGCGCCGCCGGCGCUGUGCAGAUUCUCAACAGCCCCGACGAGGCUCUCCAGAUGCGCAAGGGCUUCCGCUAUCUCGUCUAA